AUGUCUACUUCUCUUCCCAUACUCGUCUGUUUUAUCAUUUCUUUUGGUGGUAUUGCGUUAUGUGUACGAAACUUUCGAACCGACUUUCUGGAGGAAUGGCCGACUCCCGGUACGGGACCCCAUUUCGACACCUCGAUGCAUUCCAACUACACCGGUCUGGUGGGGAAAACCGUGUAUCUGGUGUGCAAAGUAAAGAACCUCGGAAAUCGAACGGUUUCCUGGGUGAGACAUCGGGAUAUACACCUGCUGACAGUAGGUCGUUACACCUACACGAGCGAUCAGCGUUUCGAGGCGCAACACUUUCCCCACAGCGAAGAGUGGACGUUGAGGAUACGAUACCCUCAGAGAAAGGACUCCGGUAUUUACGAGUGCCAAAUAUCAACGACACCACCUAUCGGUCAUCCCGUUUACCUAACGAUAGUCGAACCGAUCACCAUCAUCAUCGGAGCACCCGAUCUGUUCGUUAAUAAGGGUAGCACCAUUAACCUGACUUGCGUCGUAAAGUACGCUCCGGAACCACCGCCCAUGAUGAUCUGGAGUCACAAUACAGAGGUAAUUAAUUUCGACUCGCCACGCGGCGGUAUCAGUUUGGUGACUGAGAAAGGCCCCGAAACGACGAGUCGUUUAAUGAUCCAGAAAGCAGUGCCGAGCGACUCUGGGAUCUACACCUGCGAGCCGAGCAACGCGAAUCCCAGCAGCAUCAAGGUGCACGUUGUUAACGAGGAACAUCCGGCCGCUAUGCACCAUGGGGAUGGAAGUUCGUCGUACGCCAAGACAUGGCCGAUGUGUUUUAUAAUUUUAAUAGUAGCUAACGUAAUAUUUGUAUGAGGUGAAACGAAGGGCAAAGGUGAAGGAAGAUGAGGAGAGAUACCCGACACGAUAAUACAGCGCGGUUUUCAUUGAACCGUCACAUUGCCUACGAUCGUUAACAUUCUUUGGGUGAAUAUUUGCGCAGGGUAAGACCGAAUAUUACCUACAUUUACAUUAAACUUCCGUGACCAAAGAGUUUUCGAAUAUCAUCAG